CGAACAGGACUUGUUUCUCUGAUCAGUCGGGCGUGUUUUUCCAGCGCACAACACACACUCGAGCAUGGACGAGGGAGCACAGCGGAUACUGCAGUAUUUGACGGAGGUAGUCGCUGCAGAAGACAUCCUUAGUGACAAACAGCAGCUCGUGGAUCUGGAUUCGAGGAGAAACAGAAAUCGAGAAGCACUCAGUGCUUUACGAAACGGCUCCUCUGAAGAUAAUGUGAAGGUGUGUUUUGGAAAUAUGUUCAUCAAAUUCCCUCAAGAGAGUACCAGAUCCAUGAUCCUUAAAGACCAUGAGCAGCUUGACAAGGAAAUAAGUGACCUCUGCAAACGUCUAAAAGGAAAAGUAAAUCGUCUCAAUGACUUGCAAGGUAAGCCCGAACUCAGAGGAUACAACCUUUCUCCUCUGAGCAGUGAUGAGAUUAAAGCAAUUAACAGCCUCCUUAAGAAAUAAUAUUCUCUAGCUUCUUGGACUGUAUUGAACCCGAGGGUGACAUUUGGACUGGACUGAAGUGUCUGCAAACCGCCUGUGACUUUACUAUCUCAGCAGAAGAAAUUUUCGGUUGACUUUUCAUCAUUCAGUGCUUUUACAUGGAGUUUGUUUUAAAGUUUUGUCUGCGUUUUGUGGUGUUGGAAACACAGUUGUUGAAGAGAGUAAGCCACACUUAAUGCUAUAAUGCUUGUGUGGGUAUUACCACAGCAUGUAGCCUGUAUGUUGUAACUUCAAUGAAGUGUCUGUCAAAGACUGAAAACUCAUUUCUGCAGGAAUUAUGUGUGAUUUAUAUGAUGUAAAUUGAAAAUGUAUGGUUUUUACUCAAUAAAUGAAACGUUUCAUCACUGA